AUGAACAGGGGCGCUCCUCCCGCCCGCACCACGGAAGAGAACGAGCCCCUGAUUGAGACGGAGGAAAACCUUGCGUACAUUCAGGAUGGGGUGGCGAAGCUCGGCGACGCACGCGACAUGCUCAAAGCACACGCGAUCAAAACCGGCCCCUUCCGUGUGGCGAGCGACCUGUGCAAAUUCACCUUCGAUGAGCUCGCCGCGGCCGCCGCCACCCUCCGCGAUUGCCACGCGCGCACCCCACUGAGCGUCGCGACGGGCGCGGCGAGGAAAGCGCUGGGCUCGCUCGCGAAGUGGACCGACCAUCCCGGGUUCGGCGCGUCGCUGGCGAAGCUGGGCCAUCCCGACCUGCCGGACUCGGAGUAUCGGGAGCUCGCCAAGGAGGUCGGUGGCUUGUUGGACCCGGCUGGCGUCGCGAACGACGCGAGGAACGCGGCGAUCGAGGAGGGUCGGGCGCUGGCGACGGCGGCGGCGGAGCAGGUCAGGGAAGCGCUGUCCCACGCGGCGCUGGCGUGCAGCUCGAGGGGCACGGGGGGCGUGCACGCGCUGGAGGAGGGGAGCCUGGAGAUGGUUGAGGUGGCAGACGCGCUCGAGGUGCUGACGAAGACCUCGAACUGGCGGCUGGCCGCGGAUGAUAGAUGGACGCUGGCCGAGAAUAAGGAAGUGUGCGACGCCGCCGCCGAGUCGCUCGCGAGGGCGGUGGUACCCACCCUAUUCGUGCCGCUCCUCGGGGCGAGGGACAUCAGGACGACACGGGAGGUUAACGAUGCCGCUGAGAGGGUGUCACGCGUGUGGAGCGGCGGGGAGGCCGUGUGGCGCGCGGUCGGUGACGCGGUGGACAAGUUUGGCGUCGCUCCCGACGACGCGACGGUGGUUGCCGCCGCCGUCAUCGCUCACCUUCCGUUCACGUCGGAGCGACCAAUGAGGGAUCGUGUGGAGGAUGAGGUGUCGGGGCACCUCGAAGGCGAGAUCGAGAGGGGUACCGCGUCAGCCCCGAACGCACGGUCGCUCGUUGAAAGCCUGACGCAUGCGUUGGUGAAGCGCGUAUCCAACCACGUCAAGGCGGCGGCUGCGGCGCUGCGUGUCCGCGCCGACGCCGACGCCGAGUCGGCGUUCUUGUGGAUUCUGGCGUGGCUGGAGAGGGAUACUCCCGGCCUGGCGAUGGAAGCGGUGAAUGAAGUCGCUGACGACAUCCGGCUACGAUUCUCGGAAGCGGCAGAGAAGGCCGGGGACGUGGGGUUCAGGAAGCUCAAGCUGCUCGCGAAUCCCAUCCUCCACUCGCUCGACACCCCGGCAACUUUUCGCCACAGGGCAUUCAAGGGUGCAACCGAUGCGUUGAAAGACCUUACGAUGGAUGUCCACGUCGCGUUGAGCGCGGUGGAUUCACUUGAAUUACUCUUGAGGAUCGGGCGGCCUCCGACGCCGAGCCCUUCACCCACGUCUUCCCUUUCCCUCCCCCCUUCACCGCCCAGGUUGGUUCGUCAACGAAAGGUCAGUAAGGAGAGGGAACAUGUUCCGAAGCCCAUAAAAACUCUGAAUGCCCCAAAGCCCUCGAAAAAGAAGGCCACGACGCACUUAAAGUCACGGGCGAAUAGCGCGAUGAUCGACCGCGGGGGUUUGGCUAUGCUUUCAUCAAUUGCUGCCUCGCAGGAAGACGGCGGGGACGCCAUCAGCCGAGAUUGGUCGUCUUUCUAUGUUGGGGGCGAUGCGGACAGGGCGGCUGAUGACGCUUCCAAACUAAUCUUGUCCGAACAGAGCGAUGAGGCAGAAGUUACCCCGAGAGCUGACAAGAGGAGGAGACCAGCCCAGUCUGACCGUAGCAACACAAAGUCAAAGACAAACGAUGCCACAACCGCUCACAAGUUCGCUGGAGUCCUCCAUAAACGCGCAAAAGUGGCAAAGACUGUGAACUUGAAUGAGCUCGGGACCCGCCUCGCGCCGGCUCCUCCAAUGUUUACCGCAAGACCCAGCGCGGCUGCGGUGGCGGCUGCUGCGCCAAAUCUCCCAACUCCAUCGCUCUCCAUGCCCAUGUGCGCGGCUUUAUGGCUACUUGAAUUGUGUCGAAAGAUGGGCACUGGGCUUCCCGAGGGUGCGGAUCAGCGUUUCCUGCUCGAGUUCUCCUCCUGCCCCGCCUCCGUCCUCGAGGUGCUCGGUCGCAUCAACUGGCCGGGACUGCUGCGAAUGGUGGAUAGCUCGAUGCACGGAAUGCUGUCCGGCGUAAUCAACACGACGCCAAGCGCAGUGAGAGGCGUCAACUUUCCCUGGGUUUCAACUUUCGGUGCCGCCGCUCCUCCCGCGGCCCUGAACCCCGGGGGAAGAGGGGCGGCCGGUGCGAUUGAAGGUGCGACUGGUGCGAGCGAGGGUAGCGGCGGCAGGGGGUUCGGUGGCGUCUCAGGAGCGACGGACGGUCGUGGAGGCAGCAGUGUCUCGGUUCCAGUUGAGCAGGGGGCUGGCGUCGCGGGCGGGUUCAAUCUCCAGUUCUUGUCCGGGGAGAAGAAGAAGUCGGGCAAACGCAACUUGCAGGAGGAUUCGCCGAAGUCCCCCGACCCGUAUGCGUUCGACGAUUCCGCCGAUGCGAAACCAACUGUUAUCCGAUAA